AGAUGAAGCCGGAGAAACAAUCAAUUUUAUUGAGUUUAAAGGACGACUUUAUCCAAAUUUUAGCAUCAGUUCGGUGGAGGCUAUACCCAAUUUUAAAGUAAGAGAGGAUUACAUCUUUUUGAUAGCGUAUCCAAAAUCAGGAACUCACUGGCUUUGGAAAGUGUGUAGAAUGCUGGUAGCUGGAACUGUUGACGUAAAGGUUCGACCAAAACAAUCCAUGAUGCUGGAAUUAGCAUCACAUGAAGAAAUCGACCAGGAACCAUCUCUCUCCGCGAGUUCUCAAUUCACAUCUCAUAUUUGAUGAAAUGCCAAAAGAUUAUACAAAAUUCCACAACAAGAUAAUCUACUUCAGAAGAAAUUUGAAGGAUAUCGCUGUAUCAUUCUAUAAUCAUACGUUAAAAUUCUAUGAUAAUUAUCAAUAUAAAGGGGAAUGGAAGAACUACCUUAAAAUGGUUCUAGACGGUAGAGUUGAUUAUAAUUCAUGGUUUGAUUUUGUUCUACACUGGGAAGAGGUCAUCGCCACACAUCCGGAUUUACGUAUAUUAGAAUUAACUUAUGAAGAUAUGAUUGAGUGUCCUCAUAGAGAAUUUAAGAAAAUUGCUGAAUUUUUAGAAGUUCCCUUUGAUGAUAAGCUUUUAGCUGAUGUAGUCCAAAAAUGCAGUUUUAAAUGUAUGAAAGAAAGAAAGGGCCACUUUUAUUUAUCACCGGAAGGAGAUUCGGCCGUUUAUAGAAAAGGUGAAGUUGGUGAUUGGAAGAAUUGGUUUACUGUGGCACAGAAUGAAUGGUUUGAUCGGAUAUAUGGCGACAUCAAAAUUAAAGUUCAAAUACUCAAAAUAGGACAUAUCCUCUUUUCUUUCAACGACAGUAAGGUCAUAAUUCUAUGGAAUACGAUUACUGUUUAUUACGUAGUCUGUAACCCGUGUAUUCCAGAAUCUAGACUGUUUAUGGAGCCUGUAUCUAGACUGUUAACCCAAUAUAAGACAUUAUUCAUAAAAAUAAGUAUAUCAUACUGUUAAAGAAAACGCAUCAUAUAGUGUUUACAGACGGACAGUUAUAUACCAUAUAAUACG